ACGGAGGUAUUACUCAUCCGGAAAACGAAACCAUCGAUUUGCAGCUCACACAAGGGCAAACAAAAGUGCACACGCACACAUUGGCAAGGUGGCCCCCUCCUCUUUCCGUUGCUCACACACCAGCAUAAGGAAACUCACACACAGACGUCACGAUGACUGCGCCGCGACGCCUGCGAAAAGAAUUGGGCGAUUUGCAGGGCAACGCACUGAAGGCCUUCCGGGACAUUAAGGCGGACGAUGACAACCUGCUGCGCUGGACGGGAUUGAUUGUGCCGGACAAUCCACCGUACAAUAAGGGCGCCUUCCGCAUCGAGAUCAACUUCCCGGCGGAGUAUCCCUUCAAGCCGCCCAAGAUUAACUUCAAGACACGCAUCUACCAUCCCAACAUCGAUGAGAAGGGCCAGGUGUGCUUGCCCAUUAUCAGUACGGAGAACUGGAAACCGGCCACACGCACCGACCAGGUCGUCCAGGCACUGGUGGACUUAAUCAACGAGCCUGAGCCGGAGCAUCCGCUGCGGGCAGAGUUGGCCGAGGAGUUUCUUAAGGACCGCAAAAAAUUCGUGAAAAACGCCGAGGACUACACCAAGAAGCACAGCGAAAAACGUCCGGCCGACUAGCGGAUAGGCGAAGGUAUAGCUGGAGGAGGUGGGCCAGUCCACAACCCAUGUGUACCCUUACCCCUUAGUCUUGUGAUUUUUCAGUUAGUUAUUUAAUUUUCAUUUUUGAUCCCUGAAAAACUAUCCUCAGAAAACAUUUAAGCAUAUAUUUCCCCGGCAGAGUACCUAGUUUUGUAAAAGUAGCACUGUAAUUUGAUGCAAGUGAGAAAUACAUGUUCGUUAUGUUAAAAUA